AUGCAGGAAAAGCAGGAAGCGAUCUUCCGCUCAGCGGACAUGUCGCUUGUCCAGCUGUAUAUCCCUCAGGAAAUAGCUAGAGAGACUGUUUAUACUCUGGGACAGCUUGGUUUAGUGCAGUUGCGUGAUAUGAACACUAAAGUUCGUGCUUUUCAGAGAGCUUUUGUCGAUGAUAUUAGAAAAUUAGACAAUGUCGAGAGGCAAUAUCGUUACUUCUACAAGCUUUUGAACAAGCAUAAGAUAAAUUUGCUAGAAGUGGAGCUUCCUGAGGAGAAUGGGCUUGUUGAGCUAGCACCAGGGACCGGCAAGAUUGACGAUCAUGUGCAGAAUGCUUCGUACCUUGAGGACCGUUUGGUGCAGAUGGAAGAGGCUUCAGAGCAGUUGGAGUUGCAAAAGACUGAUUUGGAGCAGUACAGAUUCUUGUUAAAAUCUGGUGAUCAAUUUUUCUCUAAGGAUAUUCAAGCCGGUGUUGGUGCUGCACCAGAUAACGAUGACGAAGAGAUGAAUGUCGGAGCUGCGUUGCCUUCUUCUGUCAACUACGUGACCGGUGUCAUUUCGAGACAAAAAGUUGGCAUUUUGGAACAAAUCUUAUGGAGGGUUUUGAGAGGUAACCUUUACUUUAGGCACGUUGAAUUGGCAGAACCAGUUUAUGACGCCAAGACCAAGGGAAAAGUUUUGAAAAACGCAUUUAUCGUAUUCUCACAUGGUGACUUAAUUCUAAAGAGAAUUCAAAAGAUAGCUGAAUCGCUGGAUGCUACGUUGUACGACGUCGAAUCAUCUGCAGAGGCUAGAUCUGCACAGUUAAGUCAGACGAAUCAAAGCCUAGGUGAUUUGAACACUGUUUUGGAGACAACGUCGACCACUUUGGACAGUGAACUAUAUGCUAUUGCCAAGGAACUAGACUCCUGGUACCAAGACAUCUCGCGUGAAAAGUCUGUAUACGAGACUUUGAACAAGUUCAAUUUUGAUGUGAACAGAAAGACCCUUAUUGCAGAAGGUUGGGUCCCAAGAGACCAACUGCUUAUUUUGCAGGAUAAACUGGGCCAAAUGACGGCCAAACUGGGCAACGACGUUCCAUCGAUCAUUCAGGUGUUGGAAACUAAUAAGACUCCACCUACGUUCCACAGAACUAACAAAUUUACAGCUGGUUUCCAGAGUAUUUGUGACUGUUACGGUAUUGCUCAAUACCAAGAGAUCAAUCCUGGUUUGCCCACCAUUGUUACUUUCCCCUUCAUGUUUGCCAUCAUGUUUGGUGACUUGGGUCACGGUACUUUGAUGGCUAUGGUUGCCCUUGUCCUUGUUUUGAAUGAAAAGAAAAUUGACAGAAUGAAAAGAGGUGAAAUCUUCGAUAUGCUGUACGGUGGUAGGUACAUUGUGCUGUUUAUGGGUCUAUUUUCGAUGUACACAGGUUUCCUAUACAACGAUAUCUUUUCCAAAUCAAUGACUUUGUUUAAAUCCGGUUGGAAAUGGCCUGAACACUGGGAAAUUGGUGAGGCGAUCACUGCGCACCAAGUGGGCACUUACCCAAUUGGUCUCGAUUGGGCAUGGCACGGAACUGAUAAUGCGCUUCUUUUUGCAAACUCUUACAAGAUGAAGCUUUCCGUGCUUAUGGGAUUCAUCCACAUGACUUACUCGUACUUCUUUUCUUUGGCUAACCACAUUUUCUUCAACUCCUGGAUCGAUAUUGUCGGUAACUUCAUUCCAGGUCUAUUGUUCAUGCAGGGUAUCUUUGGUUACUUAUCGGUUUGUAUCGUUUACAAAUGGGCCGUGGACUGGGUCAAAGAUGGUAAACCUGCUCCUGGUCUAUUGAACAUGCUGAUUAACAUGUUUUUGGCGCCAGGUAAGAUCGACGAUGAGCUUUAUCCACACCAGGCAAAAGUACAAGUGAUCUUGCUACUUGUGGCUUUGCUAUGUAUUCCAUGUUUGCUCAUUAUCAAACCUUUGCAUUUCAAGCUCACUCACAAAGACCACGAGCUUGUUGCCACCGAAGACGAGUUAGAAGUUGAACAACUACUAGGUAACGACGAACUUGCUGAUAGCGAUGAGGAGGAAGGUGAAGAACAUGCUCAUGACGAACAAUUCAGCGAUGUUAUGAUUCAUCAAGUGAUCCACACUAUCGAAUUCUGUCUGAACUGUGUGUCGCAUACCGCCUCCUAUCUACGUCUGUGGGCUUUGUCAUUGGCUCAUGCGCAACUGUCUAGUGUUCUGUGGACUAUGACCAUUCAGAUCGCUUUCGGUUUCACCGGUGCUGUCGGUGUCUUUGCAACCGUAUUCCUAUUUGCGAUGUGGUUCGCAUUGACCUGUGCCGUGCUUGUCGGUAUGGAAGGUACUUCUGCCAUGCUGCAUUCUUUGCGUUUGCACUGGGUCGAGUCGAUGUCCAAGUUUUUUGUCGGUGAGGGUUUGCCUUACGAACCAUUCAUUUUUCAAUACGCAGAACUUGGUGCAGAAGCACCUGCAGGACCUGUGUAG